ACCUAACAUUUAUACAUCCACCCACCGAAAAAGUCGCCGUAGGAAUUAGCUACCAGUGGCUGUCCUACUAACAAGCCAGACGGCCAGCAAAGACGACGGCACGUCCCGAGCGACACCGACGAAUCAUGCUGCCAGAAAAAAACUUUUUAUCCCCCAUCGCCCUCUUCGCUGUCCCCUUCGCUACUCUGGUACCACGCGAAGCCCUUUCCGGACCAAUCACCCGUUUUGACGUCACUUUUCUCGUCCUCUCCAUACCUACGUGCCCCACCAUCGCUGUCUAUUACGGCAUGUCGAGGUCAGCUCAGUUCAUAAUCACCAUGUGUAGUCUGUGCUUUGGAACGAUGGAUAUAAGUAUAAUAAGUUUCGUCAUUUUUUUUUGUAAAUAUAUAUCUAUACGGGGUGUUUACUACUUCGAGUGAUUAAUUAUGUAAAAGCGUAGAUGGUAAAUAUAUGUCUGGACAGCCGGGAGACAGAAAAGAAGAUACAUGAUUUCCG